AUGCAACCAUCGAAUAUCCUCAUCUUCGGCGCCAGUCGUGGUAUUGGCUUAGGUCUGGUCAAACAUUCUGUGGCACAAUACCCUGCCGCAACCAUAUAUGCAACUGUUCGCUCAGUCUCAGGCGCGCCUGAGCUGCGGUCCCUCUCGGACCAGAACGGCAAGCGCGUGGUCAUUUUGGAGGCAGAUACUACCGACCCUGCCUCUAUCGCGAAGCUGAAGGAAACUAUCAGCAAUUCAACCUCAUCGCUUGACCAAGUGAUCUAUAACGCGGGAGUCCUUAAAGGAUUUGCGCCCAUCACGAAGGCUGAGCUCGGAGACUUCAAGCAGAACAUGGAGGUGAAUGUGUACGGCGCACACCUUGCGACUGUAGCAUUCUUUCCUUUCGUAAUGCAAUCCACCUACAAGAACAAGGUCUUCGCAUUCAUUGGCAGCAGUUUUGGAUCCGUUAAUACAGCGCAACAGAACUUCGACAUGCAUAGCCAGGCAUUCGGAACACCAGGAGCGAAUCCUACAGCGCUCUAUGACAUAUCAAAGACCGCGGAAGAGAGGCUUCUUUUGGAGUUCGACAUGGAACUCCGACCGAAAGGCGUUCCUAUGCUUCUCUGUCAUCCAGGGCUGCCCAAGACUGACAUGAAUCCCUUCGGCAAUAUUACUGUCGAAGAAAGUGCGCAAGGAGUUGUUCGGGUCAUUGGAGAGUACCAUAUCGACCGUAAGGAAAGAUUUCUCGACUACGAAGGCAAGGAGGUUGCCCUGUGA